CAACUGUCUUUACUCCCCCCCUCAGUUCAUCUGCACACACUGCUCCCGCUCACUCUUGGCUGCUCACUUUGCUUUGUCGUUUGAACCGCAACUCAUUUCUAACGGAUUCAUCCUGAGGAUUAUCACAUAAAGGCAGAAGAAACAAGCGUACACAAAGAAUACUGGGGCGGUUGUAAAGGAGGCCUCCACAUCUAAAGUGGCUACAAGAAUUAAGCUAAACCAAUGGAGGACCUGGAUGAUAACAUUUCAUCUACUGGGUUUGAGCCUCUCUUCAUUAAUGAAGAUGAAGCGGAUCCAGACAGAACCCUGAUGGAACAAAGAGAGUGCAACACAGCACAAUCUGGACUCACCUUCACAGGAACACAACUGAAUCAAACAGGUUUGAUUAAACCAUACUUACAGGAGAUGGAUGACUUGCUGAAAAACUGUGAGAAGCUCACUGGUAUCCCUUUUGGCUCUCACCUCUCAGCAAAUUACAAUGAAACAAGCCUGACCGAAACAACUCUUCGCCACAGCAAGGAGGAAGACGCAACAGAGAACUACGGAGAAACAAGUACUUCUCGCCAAGCAUAUCUUUCCACAAGCUACAUUGACACAAAAAUGGAUGGGGCUGGCACAGAAGACCAGCCAGCACAAGGUCAGCUGCAAGGUCUGGGCAACAGGUGUGGAGUGGCCACUGACAUUUCUUGCCAAAGAGAGAUGCCUCUCACUUCAGCGGGGAACAAACUGAGUGACACCAUGAUGGAGUACGAGGGCCAGCUGUUGGGAAUGUUGGCCAUGCUGGAGAGCUGUAUGGAAGAGGCUGGGAUGGACUUCGAGCCCCAAGACUGGGCUUCAGAUGCAAGCCAAGAAUAUGUGCACAUUGGUAAGAAUCCUCAUCUUUGUAGGGGCACAACACUGGUGCCCAUUCAGGAAGGGAGGCCAAUGAAGUUGGAGACUCAGAAGAUGCAUUUAGAAUCAUGGGCUAGUCAACAAGCAGAGGAAAAUGAAGUUUCCAAGCAAAGCAGAAAUGAGGUGACAAUAGGUUCUGCAACAAAUGGAAGCCAGCAGAACCUUAGCUGUGACGUGGGUGCCUUCUCAAUGGAGAGUCUGGAAAGGCAAGGGGAUUUGAGAUCAGACAGGGGUGUUCUUGAUUCUCAGUUGAGGUUUUCAGGGGCACCAAUGCCAUUAGAUAGUACAGAAGAUGAUCCAAUGUACUGUGAGGCGACAAAGACAGGUUAUAUGUCUACUGGUGAAGGCACAGACAUGAAGGGAGAAGUAACUGGGAUUGAAGUAGACGACGCUGAACUGCCAGCUCGAGAGAGACAGAAGCUCAACAUGGACACCAAUGAUCUGGGAUCAGGCAUGGAUGACCUAGGCGCCCUAGGGUCUCAGAUGGAGAAGUGCAUAGUGGAGGUACAGCGGUUAGAGAAUAGGAGGAAGGAACUGCUGGUGGAGGUGGUGGAGUUAAGAGGGAAUAAAGACAGAGAGGAGGCAGAGGGGAGCAAUGAAGAGCAGACAGAGGAGUCAAUUGACAGCAAAGUGGCUGAGCUGAUGAAUGUACUGAAGAAAGAGGAAGAAGGGAGAAGAGAGGAGAGGAAGAAGGAGAUUCAAAUUCUCAGGGACCAAAGAGCAGAGGAAGAGAAGAGGAUGUGGAAGGUGAACCUCGAGAGACAGGGGCUGCAGGAGGAGCUCAGAAAGCUGAAGAGGAGGCUGUUCACCAUGGCUAGGGACUGUGCUUACAACCAGGUCGCCCUGAACACCCAGAACCGUGAAGUGGAGCUGCUAAAGAGGGAUGAGGAGAAGCUGCAGUCACUGGUGCUCCAGCUGACAGAAGAGGGCUCACAACUCAGGACGGCCCAAAAACAACAGCUCUUAGACCUACAAGCAGAGCUUCAUGCCCAGAGCUCCAGCCAGACCUCCAACACCCAGGAGGACCUGACAGAGUGCAGAAGGCACUCAUGUGGUGACAUCCAGCAGUAUCUGCAGGGUGGGCUGAAAGCGCUGGAAGACAGGUAUGAACCCAUUUUGCUAACGUUGUUGAAGAGGAGGGAGGCAACAGCCGGAGCACUGGUGAAAGCCAAAGAGCAGGCCCAGGAGCUGAAGGCCCAGCUGAGACCCCUAAAGGAGGAGAUCCAAAAGCUGAAGCUCCAGGGGGCUUGUUUGGAGGAGAAACUCAAACUAAUUCACUUACAGAGGAGAGAGGAAGUGGGGCAAUACAAGGAGACUGUGUACUGUCUGGAAGAGAGCAGCAGAGAGCUGAAGACUGAGUUAAAUAUUCAAAAGAGGAAAACCAAGGAGAUAGAGGAGUUGAGAGACAGCCUAACCAAACAACUACUCCUGUACAGGGCUGCCAUUGAGGACCAUAACAAAUGUAACCAUGAGGAGACAACAUGAUCGUAUUGUCUUGAUUUUGAAAAACAAGAGUUCUGUGAUUUAAUUACAAAUUGGUAACUUUUUAUCUGAAACAUAAUGAACUCCAGUUUAAUUAAUGCACUUUAGAGACACGCUUUUGUUAAAAAAAUAAAUAUUGUUAAAAGGUUGUUUUUUUUAGAACAGUCUGUACAGAUGAACUAGUCUGCAGCUUGUAGAAAGGUUUUUGUUAUGAAUAAAGGCUUUGCAUUUGUUGUAACCUGA